GGUGAACUAGGUCCGCACCUUUUCCGGUAACACAGCACGGCUGUGUGACUGAACGAACGACUGGAGGGGAACAGAAGAGAAAAGGGUAGCUAAUAUAUUUGGGAAACGGGGCACGCCGCAUUUGAAGGGAGAGAAGAGAGGGAGAACGAAAACUCGUCUGAAUCAAUGACCUUUUAAGUUUUCUUGGAUAGGCGAGGGGGCAGCCGGCAUACAAGAAGGAAGUCUGAACUAUUGCGGGCUGUCGAGUGGGCCUGUUUCAGCGCUGCUGUUUAAUUUGAAGUCUGCAAUACAGCUCCAAUAAUUUUGCAGUGAAGACAACAGAAUAUUCUUAGUUUUUGAAAUUGGAUUUUAAGGAUCUACCCUUCGGAAGUUGUCACAAAAUAAACGUACGCUAUUGCCCUUUUGUUAAUGAGCUACCAGGACACCGCGACAGGUUCAAGACGGCUGCUUAUCCACACCCUCACCGGUGCACAUUUUAACUUGGUUUAGUGUUUGUUUCGUUUGUAUGUCAGAUUUAGGGGGGUGGGGGGUUUUUUUGUUGUUGUUGUUGGGUUUUUGGUUUUUUUUUUUGUCUGAGAGAUUUUCAGUUGAUGGUACAAAACUCCCGCCUUGAAUCGUAUUAGGGUGAUACUUUUAACUAAUUAAAAAAAAAUUGGGAAGCAGCAUUUUUGCAUUUUCUAAGUGUCUCAGCGUUGGUGUGCUGCAUACAAAGGCUUAAGUAUUAAAGUAGCACAUAAUUCAGCCAAAGGUAAAACACCAAAAAGCACAUGCUAUUUCCUUCAUAAUAAACAUAAUAUAUGCACAGCCAACAAAAUGGGGAAAAUGCUUUCAAAGAUCUUUGGGAACAAGGAGAUGAGAAUAUUGAUGCUUGGACUUGAUGCUGCUGGUAAGACAACUAUCUUAUACAAAUUGAAACUCGGACAAUCUGUCACCACUAUUCCAACUGUUGGUUUUAACGUUGAAACUGUUACCUAUAAGAAUGUUAAGUUUAAUGUGUGGGACGUCGGAGGUCAGGAUAAGAUCCGGCCCCUUUGGCGGCACUACUACACCGGCACCCAGGGGCUCAUCUUUGUGGUGGACUGUGCUGACAGAGAUCGCAUCGAUGAGGCACGACAGGAGCUUCACCGCAUCAUCAAUGACCGUGAAAUGAGGGAUGCAAUUAUCUUGAUUUUUGCCAACAAGCAAGACCUGCCUGAUGCAAUGAAACCACAUGAGAUACAAGAGAAGCUUGGGUUAACCCGCAUCCGAGAUAGAAAUUGGUACGUUCAGCCUUCCUGCGCAACAACAGGUGAUGGACUAUAUGAGGGGCUGACCUGGCUCACUUCAAAUUACAAAUCUUAAUGUACUGCAUACUUUGGACUGGUCAGUGCAAGG